CUCGCGCGCUUUCUUGUCCUCCCUCCUCAUCGUUGUUUCACAGCACAAGGCAGCAUUCACACUCAGCCGCUGUCUGCAGCAGCACGGAACAACGCGGGCAACGCAGUGGGACAAAGCACAAACACAAAGCAAGGAAGCAAAAGCAUGUCGGAGGAGAACGGACAAGGUGCUGCAUGCACCACAGCUGAGAAGAGCCCCAGCGCGGCAGCAGAGCAGAAGCCAUGCCUUGCGUGCAGUGGACCAACAGAGCAGCAGGAGCAAGCCGCAAGAAGAAAGGCAUUGGCAACCUCCACGUCAUCCACACCAGCGCAAGGGAAGACGCCGUUUGCGUACAUGCACUCUGGGUGUCCGGUAAAUCGGCGAGAGCUGGGUCGUGCCAGCUGGGCCUUCUUGCAUACAAUGGCAGCGUACUACCCAGAAAAGCCGUCGCGACAGGAGCAAGACCGCAUGCGCGACUUUAUGCAUCUCUACGUGCAGCUGUAUCCAUGCGGCUACUGCGGGGACACAACAUGGCAGGAGAUGAUGCGGAACCCGCCCAGGCUUGCAACUCGAAAGGACUUUUCCCUGUGGAUGUGUGAGAUGCACAAUGAAGUCAACGACAGGCUUGGAAAGCCGCAGUUUGACUGCUCAAAAGUGGACGAGCGAUGGCGCACGGGCCCAGCAGACGGCUCAUGCAACUAACUCACGCCGCUGCCCAUCCUCUGUACCCCACCCUCGCAUUCUCCAUCUAGCUUCGCACGUAAACACAAUCUCUCUUGCACACAACAGACCAACCAAAGCCAUCUUCCUCGCCUCGCCUCGCCCAUGCUGCUGCUGCUGCUGCUGCGUGGGUGCAGUGUAACCAACAGCAGGCCUCUCGUUAACUGCAUGCAACCCCUCUCCCCCCCCCAACUUCGCAUGCGUCCAACCGUGCCCCCAACAGCCCUUCUUCUCUCCGUCAGCGUCUCCCACCCUCCAACCUAUAAGCACGAGCACGCGUGCUUCCCUAGUUGGUGCCUUCGCCACGGCGCUGUAAACAGAACAGCGGGUCGCCCUCCACAGGCCUCAUGAUUGUCUGCUGACUGUCCUGGCGCCCUUCCCCAUCACCACCGCCCUCUUCUCUCCCACCACCAUCCUGCACCAGCUGCUGCUGCUGCUCACCAGUGCCAGUGCCGCCAGUGCUUGCUCUGCUGCUGCUGCGACUGGUGCGACGCGACUGUGAUGCCCUUGUUUUCGCGUUCGAAGCAGAAUCGUCCGUGGCGCUCAAGGCAGCGCUUCGUUGCAUAUGUGUGUGUGUAUGUGUGUAUGUGUGUAUGUGUCAAUGUGUGAGGGAAAUGCGCGGCGGCAUCGCACACGCGCAUGUGUGUGUGCGUGUGUGUCUGGGCAAUGGGGAAUUGUCGUUGUUCAUAUGAGUGAUGGCAUGUACAUACACCAAUAUAAAACAGAGGCGCAU